GGCCAAACAAUAUUCUUACAUUACAUACCAUUAAAACCAAACAAAUUAAAUCUUUGCUUAUAUCUUUUCAAGAAAACAAAAAAAAAAUGGUUAAUGAUGUCUCUUAUAAGUCCCUUCCAUCAUCUCCAUGCAAGUACAGAGCCAACACCAGAAACCCUAUUGUGGAGCCCACUCCGGCGGGGAAGAAGCUGAAGCUGUUCGGCGUCGAGCUCCACACCCCCGCCCUGGCGGAGGCGCCGGGCCCACUACGUCAGGAAGACUUCUCGUCGUCAUCUUCCACCGUCUCCACGUCCGACCGGGAGAAACCGUCGCAGUCUUCUUCCUCGGAAGACGACAACAACAACAACAAGAACAGGAGAUUUGAGUGCCAAUAUUGUUGCAAAGAGUUUGGGAACUCCCAAGCUUUGGGAGGCCAUCAAAACGCCCACAAGAAGGAGAGGAUCAUAAUGAAGAAGAAGAAGAGUCUCAUGAUGAACUGCUACUAUCUCCAGCCGCCGCCCGCGGCGGCGCUCCAGAAUUACGCGGGUCCCUACGGUUACGACGUCGUCACUUCGCCGCCACCGGCGGCUUCGUGGCAAAUCCGGUUCGGGGCCCACGAUGUGUUUCGCCGGGAUUCGUCUCCGGCGUUCACGCUCUCCGGGAAGAACUGGCCGGAGAUUCACCCGGCGAAAUUCUCGUCCUCGUCGUCGCCGGACGUAUCGUUACCGCCGCCGGCAAGGACGAUGAACAUGAUGAAUGAUUGUUAUCGUCCGGCGGCGGUGAAAGGGCCCACAUGUGCUACUUUGAAUAGUAAUAGUAAUAAUAAUAAUAAUAAACCAAGUAGUAAAGGUUUAGAUCUGGAGCUAGGAUUGAGGUUGCUGGAUUGAUAGCCGGGGGUGAGGUACGUUCAGGUCGGGAAGCUCUGAGUGGUACAAAUGAAAAUGCAAAGAAAAACAUGUGAUCCUA